AUGGAGCAUGAUCACCAUGUGGAAGAUAAUCUAUUGAUAUGGAGAAUAAUUCUUCUUACUAUUAUGGUUGUCAUGACUUUUUCUAUUGGAAUAUUACCUGUUAAAAUAUUAAAAUUUCUUCGAAAACGAGCAGCAGAAAACAGAAGUAGACAACAGGGAAGUUCAAGAUUUUCGUCACUUUCUCUAUGUAUGCUGACAUGUUUCUCUGGAGGAGUUUUUUUAGCAACAUGUUUCUUACAUCUAUUGCCUGAAUUAAAUGAUCACAUUAAACAUGUUGUUGUUGAGCAUGAUUUUCAUAUAGAUUAUCCAUUAGCUGAAUUGUUAACGUGUAUUGGAUUUUUUUUCUUAUUUUUUAUUGAAGAAUUAGUUUUAAAAUUUAUACCUGCAGCUGGUCAUGGACAUUCUCAUUCUCAACCUAUAGAAAAAUCGCUUUUAAAAGUUUCUGAAAAUGAGUUGGAAACUUCUUCAUUUAUUGAUACAAAAUCACAUCCAUAUUUAGAGAAGGGAAAUAAAAAUGGUAAAAAUCAUCUUUUAAAUAUAGGUGAUGAGAAAAAAAAAGAUGUUGAGAAGAUUCAGGCUAUUAGUCAAAUGACGAAAGGAAAUGAUGAUAAUGAUAAUUUUAGUUGUAAAUCAUUAGCUUUUGCCGAGCCUGAACGUUGUGAGACAGAUUGUCAUAAAAUUGAUGAGCAUCCUCCUAUUCGUAUGAAAUCUCAUCCACAUAGACAUUCACAUGGAGUUAGAUCAGUAACUUUUUUAUUAGCUAUAUCCUCACAUUCUGUCAUUGAAGGAUUGGCAUUUGGAGCAAUGAAUACUAAAAAGGGACUUCGGGCUCUUUUUAUUAGUCUUAUGAUACAUAAAUUAAUUGUUGCAUUUUCAAUGGGUUUACAGCUUGCUAGAACUCAUGCACAUAAUAUUAAAUGGGUAAUAGUAUCAAUGUUUAUAUUUUCUAUAACUUCCCCAGUUGGAGCUAUUGUGGGAAGUUUUGUACAUAAUAUUGAAAAUGAAUAUUUAAAAGACAUUCUACUUAUGAUAAUGCAGGGUUUAGCUGUUGGCACAUUUUUGUAUGUCACAUUUUUUGAAGUUUUAAUCAAUGAAAGAAAUAAUGAGCAUAAUAAUUUUCUUAAAUUGGCAUUAAUAGUAUUUGGCUUUUCUGUUAUUGGAACUUUAAGAUAUUUUGAUCAACAUGAACACAAUCAUUCUCAUGAUAAUAAAAUGAGUAUGCAUUCUCAUGAUCAUUGA